AUGUCAAGCAUCGCAGACUUCACGAUACCAGCAAAACCAAGCGCAUACUCGUUCCCCACGUCAUCAACUGCGCUCAUAAUGAUCGAUUUACACGGGACUAAGAACUCCUUCUUUCUGGAUGAUCUCGGUUCUCUUCAGCCAGGGACAAAACCCAACAUCUCCAAAUAUACUAUUCUUCUCAAAACCUUUCGGGAGCGGAAUAUGCCUGUUUUCCACAUACGAGAACCUCAUAGCCGAAUUAUAACAGGAAAUCCGUCAUCAAAGCUCCCCAAGCAGUCAGAGAUCCAGAGUCCGGGGCAGCAUGAAAAUAUCGAAGAGAAUACAAUCGAAAGUAGGCAAGUAUUAAGUGGAAAGAGAAAUGACUAUCACAUGAUCAAUGAAUGUGCGCUAAAGCCGUGGGAAAUGAUUUUUGAUAUGCCUGCGGAUCACAACGACGCACCUCGAACUUCCUCCUUAGAAAUGGAGCAUUGGUCCCGGGGACUGGUUGGCUUUUCUGUUAAUCUUGAAGAUUUCAUUUCACAUACCCAUGUUCCUGCCCCAGACGAUAAGCAUCUCUCUGCAACUGAUGGUUGGAAUGGCUCCUUGGACUUGCUUUCACUGCGCCAAGCUUAUAAGUCUGGUGUUUCCCCUGUCACUGUGAUAGUGGGUGUGUAUGGAAGGAUCGAAACACAUCUCUCGAAAACAUCCUCUACAUUCAUUGCAAUCGUACCCCAAGCCGCCGCUAUCUCUACCGCACAAGAUCUCCUCAAGAAAUACCCCGAUCGUGCAUCUCGACCACCUCUUUUUGGCGUUCCAUUUUCCCUAAAGGAUAACAUCGAUGUUGCGGGAAUGGCCACAACCAUCGGCUGUCCCCCGCUAGCCCAUAUACCCAGAAUUUCUGCAAAGAUAUACACAAAACUAGUAUCUCUUGGCGCCAUCUUCAUCGGAAAAACGAAUAUGGAUCAACUAGCCACCGGAAUGACAGGAUGCCGCUCCCCAUACGGAAUUCCCGCUUCCGUUUUCAAUCCACUAUACAUCGCCGGUGGUUCAUCCUCUGGCGCCGCAGUUUCAGUCGGUGAAGAACUCGUAUCUUUCGCUAUCGGAACUGAUACUGCGGGCUCCGGUCGUGUGCCUGCAGGCUUCAACGGCAUCGUUGGAUGGAAGCCGACGAAAGGGACCGUCUCGUUAUCUGGAGUUUCCAAAGCAUGUGAGUCUCUGGAUUGUAUAGCGUUUAUGACUACCCGACGUGGUGGUAUCAGUGAUGCCAGGGAAAUAUGGAGAUUCGUCCGGGGAUAUGACCCGGAGGACGUUUAUUCUAAGCCCCCGAACACUUGUUUGCCGUCAAGAUAUCUUAGUGCCACCAGACCAUCUGCAAACAAGUUUCGGUUUGCAAUACCGCCACAAAGCGUUAUUGCCAAGUGUGCGCCGAUCUUCUAUCAACUAUUCUACGAAUCUGUCGCAAAACUACAGGCAACGGGAGGUGAGCUCAUAGAGGUUGACUGGACACCAUUUGAGGAGGCGGGAGGAUUGCUAUAUGAUGGUACAUUAGUGAACGAAAGGCUCGCUGCGAUGUCCUUCUCGGGAAAGGAUUGGUACGAAACAAAUAAGGACAACCUGCAUCCAGUUACCAGAGAGGUUUUUGGCAGUGUGUUGAAAAGAGGAAACACUGCAGAAGACGUAUUUAGGGAUUUAAAGAAAGUGAAAAUGCACGCCUCCUCCCUAAAACCCGAUUUUAUAGUCCUCACACGGACUGUCCACGACACAAUUUUCAACCCUUUCCGCGCAUCCGGUAUCGACAUCCUUGUAGUGCCGACGACACCUAACCACUUCACCAUUGAAGAAGUCCUAAAGGACCCAAUCUCGCUCAAUUCGGACUUGGGGACUUUUGCGCAUUUUGGAAAUGUGCUUGAUCUUUGCGCGGUUGCUAUGCCGGCGGGAACGUACGACUUGGACGACGGGAAACAGAUGCCAUUCUCGAUAACCUUGUUGGGGGGGUCGGGAGAUGAUGCAAGGUUGUUGGACUUAGCCGCUCUUUUUGAAAAGUCGGUUGCGGUUAGGGCGUUGGGAUGA